CGUAUGUUACCAACAGUACCGUACCGACCACGAGAUACCACACAUGUGAUACAAGUUUUAAUCAAAUAAAAUUACAAAGUUACGAAACAAAAUCUUAAAAUCCAUCUGUUUCUGAAGUUAUCAUACCAAAUACGAUUCUCAAAAUGGACUUCAAAAAUAAAGUAGUGAUUGUGACAGGAGCUAGUUCAGGAAUCGGUGCAGCAUCAGCUGUUCUCUUCGCCAAACAUGGAGCGAAACUAACUCUCAUUGGCAGAAACGAACAGAGACUUGAAGCAGUCGCCAAGAAGUGUCAGGAUGCUAAUGGAAUCCCACCGUUAUGUCUCAGACUAGACCUGACUGCCGCUGGAAGCUGCGCAGCCGUGAUCACAAAAACUAUAGCUACGUACGACAGAAUUGAUGUCCUAGUGAACUGUGCUGCAAAAAUGCUCAUCGGAUCCUUAUUCGAUGAUAACAUAGAUACGUUUGAUGAAAUGAUAGAUAUCAACCUCCGUGUACCGUACAAACUAACGCAUCUAGCCUUACCAUAUCUCAUCAAAACUAAAGGGAAUAUUGUGAAUUUGCACGCGACAAAAUACACUAAGGUCGUUCAUGGAUUCCUGCCUUAUUCCAUUUCGAAAGCUGGUUUAGAAAGGUUUACUAGAUUCUCAGCUGUAGAACUGGCUACUGAAGGAGUCAGAGUAAAUGCUGUUCAGCCAGGACUUACCAGAACGAAUAUACUAGCAAACUUAGCCAUGGGAGAAGAUGAAAUGCAAUACACAUAUGAACAUCUAUCGAAUAAAAUGAAGAUUUUGGACCCUGAAGAAGUGGCUAAAAUGGUAGUGUUUGUUGCUAGUGAGGUAUGCCCAAACCUAAAUGGGUCAGAUAUAGGACUGAAUGGUGCAUCUUGGAUGAUUUGAUCAAGUGAAAUUUGGACUGUGUUGGUUACAGUGAAGUUAAAUAAAUUGUGUUAUAAGACUUAUCGAAAUGAAUGAUGAAAUAAUUUGACUGGAUUGUGCAAUGUGUAUUCUAUUUUUUAUAUGUGAUGCUGUUGUUGCUAGGUUGAUUGUUCAUGGUCCCUAGACCAUCAAUGAGAUGUCGAUGAGAUGUAAGGUUUGUUUUCUUGAUCGGACAUUGUAAUAUUGUGUGUUACGUUUUUGACUGAAACACUUUUUGCUCUUUUGUCAACAUUUUUAGGGAAUGAUUUUACGUUUUAAGCAUAGUUUCUAAGGAAAGAUGUUAUAGUUGUUGCUACAAUUAUUUUGUAUCAUAACAUGGUGGAAUAGGGUUCGUUUUCGAGUGUUUCAUUACACCAGUAUUAAACGAAAGUGCUGUAAAAAUCUCUUAGAUAAGUGGAAUGGAAAGUUUUACCAAUAAAAAUGUAGCAUUUGUACCAUUGAAGAAGUUGGAUAGUAACAAAUUUUAUGUAGGUAUGGAAAUUUAUCAUCCAUAAAUGACUUAUCUAUAUACUAUAUUUUCUAUCACCAAAUAAACCGAAUUUCUGGUUUUGACUGCUAAUCAAACAUGUGUAUUCAUAAUUUUUUCUACAUUUACUUUAAAACAGUAAUCUAUGUUUUGCAAAAUACACUGGACAAGUAACAUACCUACUUAUCGGAAAAGUGCUUGCAAAUCGUUAUUAUUACUUAUUGAUGUACUUUAUCACUUUCAGCGGUGAUUGGCUGUGUCAUAUUGACAUUUGCAUAGCCAUAUUUGCAUUUCCACCGGUAUUUACGCAGAAAUUUUAGGGUAAACACACUGUAAACGUUAUCGGUAUAAUGAUUUUUGUUAUCAUUCAUAUCACACGCCUCCAUGUUAGUCCCUGAUAUGAUAUCAGUUUGAUGAUAAUCCUUCCACUAGAUGUAAUGAAUUGGCAUUCGAUUAAAAUUUGCUAGAAGACUGA